AAACAUGAAGAGGAGGUCUGCCCUGAGGCUUUGCUUGAAUGUCCAUAUAAAUGCGGGGAAACACAAAUCAAACGGAGAUUAGUAAGUACUUGAUACUUUCAAGAUAGCCAGAUAAUUGUUGACAAGAUUUUGGUAUAAGCUUUGAAAUUUUAGAACAAUGUCAAGCAAUUUUAUUGACUUAUUUUCUGUUUAACUGCACAGUUGGAGGACCAUAAAGCAUUAUGCCCCAAAAAACCAACUGAGUGUGUGUUUAAAAGCCUUGGAUGUACAUUUGUGGUAAGAUAAUUUACUAUAAAAUAAAGAAUACAUUUCUGUUGUUUUUUUCUAUGGUAAACAAUAAUAGUCCAUAUUUCAUGGUAGAAAAAAUAAUUAAACGAAUUUUUAACAAAAACCAGCUAAGGUCCAACAAUAUUUUACAUAAUCAGGCCAAGAACAGCCAACAAUUAUUAACAUAAGUCCACCAUUUAUAGUUAACAAGUCAUGCCAUAACAUUAUGUAAACCAUAUUCUGAUUUUAUUAACUUGCUGCAGGGAGACACAGCAAAUGUGAGAAUACAUGAAUCAGAUAAAAGCUUACAUUUUGAUGUAGUUUGUCAGUUUGCCCUCAUGUCAGAAGUGCAAAGGAAGGAAGAGCGGGGAAAGUUGCAGGUGCAGUAA